CUAUCUUGACGGAGGUGACUACGUUGCAGCUGCUGCCAAAGCAGCCGGUGAGCUCUAUGGCUAUGGCCACACAGAUGUGCUGUUCAAGCCAACCAAAGCAGCUGAAGCGCAGUUUCGACCCACAGCCUCCGAUGCCAUGUCCUAUUUUGUUGGGCACAAGGCUGUGGAGAAUGGUUAUCUUGAGGAUGCUGGUUUUGCCAUCAAUGGUGGAAAGGGAUGGUCGAACGUGGUUUUUGAUAACCAUAAAAUCGAUGUCAGCGGCAAUGUUGCCAUUGCCAUGGGCAACUACUUCUUCACCAGCGCUGCAGAUGGAAGCAAGACCAAAGUUGAGUACACUUUCGGCUACAAGAAGAAUGCCGACGGCAAGGUGCGCAUCUUCCUCCACCACUCCUCAGUGCCAUACAGCGUGCCCGCAGCCACUCCAACUGCAGAGAUUACUGAAGAGGAAGUAAAGAGUGUGCAGGCAGCAUGGGCCAAUGCCAUCAAGAGUAUCUCCAAGACCUAUCUUGACGGAGGUGACUACGUUGCAGCUGCUGGCAAAGCAGCUGGUGAGCUCUACGGCUAUGGGCACACAAAUGUGCUGUUCAAGCCAACCAAAGCGGCUGAAGCGCAGUUUCGACCCACAGCCUCCGAUGCCAUGUCCUACUUUGUUGGGCACAAAGCGGUGAGAAGGGUCAUCUUGAGGAUGCUGGUUUUGCCAUCAACGGUGGAAAGGGAUGGUCGAACGUGGUUUUUGAUAACCACCAAAUCGAUGUCAGUGGCAAUGUUGCCAUUGCCAUGGGCAACUACUUCUUCACCAGCGCUGCAGAUGGAAGCAAGACCAAAGUUGAGUACACUUUCGGCUACAAGAAGAAUGCGGACGGCAAGGUGCGCAUCUUCCUCCACCACUCCUCAGUGCCAUUUGCGGCGGAGUCCAAAGUGCAGUCCCCAAGUUUGGUGGCAACUUUGAAGUCAAAGGUUGCUGGAGCAUAGAUUUAAGCUCUGAGAUGAAUGCUUUGGUGGUAUCUUUAGUAUUCUUUAGUGCCUUUUUUGGAGGCAGACAGGGACUUGAAACAGUUGCCUGGUCUGGUGCUUUGCGAAAGCUUUAUUGCACUUUUCCCCACGUUUGAGGUUUUCAGGUUUGUCCUUUGUACAGCUUUUGCCUCAAACAUUUUUGUCCAAUAUCAAAUUGAUUUGUCUAAUUUGAUCUAAUUUGUGCAUUUGCCGGACCUAGGACCCGGUGAGGGAGUGAAUCAUUCCCACCAGAGGAGGCGUCUUUGAAAGUUUUGGGAAGAGCCAAUGGGUCAAAGGCCUAAGCUCUUCAACCAAGCAGCUAGCACAUUGCAGCUUUGCUUGGAGACCCUUCGGAUUCUCGCAAUUGCGCGUCUC